GGAAGCACGCCGUUGCCAUGCAUGAUGCAUCCCGUUCCUCAGAUGCUAUAAAUCCCCACCUCCACCGUGGCCAAUCACUCGAUCAGAUUCUUCACAGGCAAACUUGCAGAGAGCAGCACGAUGGCACCGAUGGCGGCUUCGGCUACUGCAUUCUGCGUCGCGCUGCUGCUGGUUUCCCUGCCCCGUGCCCAUCCGGCGCCUGAACCACAGACGACGGGGUCGUCGUCGUCCAGCUGCACCACCGAGCUCCUACGCCUCCUCCCCUGCCUCUCGUUCCUCGACGGCGGCGCCGCCGCGCCGCCCGACACGUGCUGCGCCAACCUGGGGAGCAUGGUGCACGACCAGCCGCUGUGCCUCUGCCAGGCGCUCAGCCAGUCCGGCUCCGGCAGGUCCCCAGUCGCCGUGAAUAUGUCCCGCGCCGUGCUGCUGCCUUCCGUCUGCCGGCUCGAUCUCCCCGCCGCCGCCAGCGCCUGCUCAGGGCUCCUUCCAGCGGGACAAGAACCAUCACCGCCGGUGAGCACGCCAGGCAUGAGUGUGAACUCCACUGUUCCAUCGACGCCGACGCCGACGACGCCGAUGCCACCGCUGACAACAGCCGCACCGACGACCACCAGCCAGAAUUCGGGAUACAGCAGCGGGUCCAAGCUCAUAGCUGAUGCCAUUUCUGCCGCACUUGGUUUCAUGGCGCUGGCAACAGUUUUAGGCUUCUAGCGUUCUGAAAAGAUCCUCUAGACUUUCUGCAAACUAGCAUUUUCCUAGAGAACUUAGUUAUUCCCCCAUGUUUUUCUUAGCAUCUGUAACAGCAAGAGGAUUUAGUGGUUGAAGGAGUAAUAUGCUCAUCCGGAUGUUCUCCUGAAUAAAUAAUUUUCACUUCAAUUC